AUGGCGCAUCAGCAGCAACAGCAACAACCUCGUGCUGGGGCGCCCGCAUCAUCCUCAGACACCUCAGUCCCAGACAUCAGCGACCACAAUAAGGCCUUCCACUUUCUGUAUGACCAGGCCCAGAAGGCGCAUUUUGCUGGUAACCACGCCAAGGCCAACGACAUCACCAACUGGCUUCUGCUCGAGCCAGAGUGCCCUCCCCUCUGCGAGGCCGGCGCCCACCUCAUCCUCGCUCACGCCCCGGACACGGCAGACAUGCAGGUCGACCACGCCCGCCGUGCCCUCCAGCUUUACCACGCGGUCGAGACGCAGACUGUCAGAGACGGACCUCGCCGCAAGUACAUCAAUUGGGCCCUGGCCCGGGCCCAGCGGAUCCUCAGCGAGACCCUCCAGCGCUCGAGAGUGUCCGAGGAGCAGAAGAAGAAUUCGAUGCCGGUCACAGAGGCCGAGUACGCAACAAUGUGUGCUGAGUAUGUCGAUGGAUUCUGGGAGCAGGAACUCGGUCGGGCAGAGGACAACACCACACAGUGA